AAAGCCACCGACAAAGGACAUACAACAAACACCAAUUAUUAUCCAAAUUUUCUAUGAAAAUAAGAGUCACAGGAAAAUCAAAUAACAAUUCAAAACACAGUAACUCACAGGCUCAGUGCAUAUCCAAGAUGAAGAAAGCACAAGUUGUGUUUAUCCCUUCUUCUGGUUUGAGCCAUUUAGUUUCCACCCUUGAGUUUGCCAAGCUUUUAAUCAACCGUGAUAACCGUCUCCGAAUAACCGUUUUAGUUAUGAAAUCCCCAAACACCUCUGAAACUGACGCAUACAUUCAUUCCCUUCCCAUCUCCGAUUCACUCCGUAUCGUCAACCUUCCAGAAUGUUCUCUUCCUCUAAACACGGAUCGAGCUUCCGCCAUGACCGCUCUCCCCGAAGCUCAAAAACUGAAUGUUAAACAAGCCGUCUCUAUCCUCACUGCCGAAGAACAACAAUAUGGACCCCUCGCUGCCUUCGUUGUUGACAUGUUCUGCACCACCAUGAUUGAUGUUGCUAAAGAAUUUUCUGUCCCUGCUCUCAUCUUCUUCACUUCCAGCGUUGCUUCUCUUGGUUUAUCGCUUCAUCUACACACACUGUUGGAACAAGACAACUUGGAUUCCACUCAGUUACUGCAGAAGAACGAGUUAGCAGUUCCGAGUUUUGCUAACUCCGUUCCUAUAAACUUGAUUCCUAGUUUUAUGCUACACAAGGGAUGGGAGUCGUUUUUUGAGAGAUAUGCAAGUGGCCUCAAGAAAUCAGAUGGCAUUAUAGUAAAUUCAUUUGAAGAGCUCGAAUCACACGCAGUUCGCUCCUUUUUCUCUCAUCCUGAUCUAGCAGCUUUACCUAUAUAUCCAGUUGGGCCCUUAUUAAACCCUGAGCCCAAAACUGAAAGCACUGCUGAUUCAUUUGAUAUCAUCAAAUGGCUUGAUGCUCAGCCUCCUUUCUCGGUAGUUUUCCUCUGUUUCGGGACCAGGGGUUCUUUCUAUGCAGACCAAAUCCAAGAGAUAGCACACGCUAUUGAGAAUAGUGGUGUUCGUUUCCUGUGGUCUCUACGUAAGUCCUCACCCUCAAAAGGCUUUAGAUCCGUGCCCUCUGAUUAUUCAGUUUUAGAUUUGGUUUCGCUUUUACCUGAAGGUUUUUUAGAUCGAACAAGUGAAAUUGGAAAGGUCAUUGGUUGGGCACCACAGACUCAAAUACUAGCCCACCCGGCCACUGGAGGAUUUGUUUCGCAUUGUGGAUGGAAUUCCACACUUGAAAGCAUCUAUUUUGGUGUGCCUAUUGCGGCGUGGCCUCUUUAUGCGGAACAACAAGCGAAUGCUUUUGAAUUGGUUUGUGAGCUGAAAAUGGGUGUGGAGAUUGCAUUGGACUAUCAAGGGCAAUUCAAUGGGGAAUAUAACUAUGUUGUAUCUGCUGAAAAGAUUGAGAGAGGAAUAAAGAGUGUGUUGUCCGUGGAUGGAGAGUUACGAAAGAAAGUGAAAGAGAUGAGUGAAAAGUGUAGAAAGACUUUGUUAGAAAGUGGAUCUUCCUACACUUAUUUAGAUUGACAGAUGUUUGGAUUGAAGAAACUCAAGUGCUGGCUGAAAUGUUUUCAACUACUCGUUAAGUAAAUGGAUUUUGAAUCUAUUGGAAUGUUUCUAACUUCUUAGUAUGGGAGUUUUCGCUUGUUUGGGUGUCCCCGAUUUCGAGGUUCUUUCAUAUUGUUGGUGUGAUAAUCAAGAUCGGUUCCUGCGCUUAUUGAAGUUUCUAGCUGGGUUGUUGUCAAUGUUCAGAUGAAGCAAUGCAGUAGUAACAGAAGAUGCAGCAAUGAUAGAAAUAUUGAAGAUGGAAUCAAGAUCCAUUCAAGAAGAAGAAUCAAUAACAGAAUAUUGUUAUGAAAACUGUUAGAAGGAAGCAAAAAUGAUUGGUGCUUCUUGUAUUCACAUUAUCCACAUACAAAAUGAAUGAAUAAAAUAUCAGUACAGUUUAGAGGA